UUAUAUUCCUGCCCUCCCUCCAUCUCCUUUAUUUUCUCUGUUAAGUGUUAACGAUGGAGCCGUGGCUUGACGACUUAGCCGACGAUCUCCAAAGCGUAAGCUUCACCUCAAGUUCCAGCAUCAUCAUAAACGGCAGCACCAGCUCUGGCUCUGGGUCUGCCUCUGCCUCCAACUCUGGUUCUUCCUCCCUAGCUCCUUCCGCUCACGGUUCCUUCUCUUCUAAACAUCUCCGCUCAUCCACCCUCUCUCUCGCUGACCUUCGCUUCUCUCUCCGUCUCGGCUCCGGUGAUAUCGGCUCAGUCUAUUUGGCGGAACUCAGGUCUCCUGAACCACUACCUCCCGACCCCAAUGCCGUUGACAACGACGACAAUGCGAGAAGGAGAAUAAGAAACGAAGUCGUUUUUGCAGCGAAAGUGAUGGACAAGAAAGAGCUAGCGUCCAGGAGUAAAGAAGGGCGAGUAAGGACUGAGAUGGAAAUACUCAAAUUAUUGGACCAUCCUUUUCUACCUUCGCUUUACGCGGCUAUCGAUUCCCCUAGAUGGCUCUGUUUGUUAACGGAGUUUUGUCCAGGUGGUGACCUUCACGUCCUCCGUCAACGGCAACCCCUCAAACGUUUCUCAGUAUCUGCCGUCAGGUUCUAUGCAUCUGAGAUGGUGGUUGCUCUAGAGUACCUUCACAUGAUGGGGGUCGUUUACCGUGAUCUAAAGCCUGAAAAUGUUCUUGUUCGAGCAGAUGGUCACAUUAUGCUCACCGAUUUCGACCUCUCAUUAAAAUGCAACGAUUCUACAUCAACACCCCAAAUUUUUUUGGAGCGAAAGCCGCCGUUUCCAGCUCUGGAAAACAAGAAUUGUAUUGAUAGGCCUCCUUUUGCAUCCUCUUCAUGCAUUAUUCCAAAUUGCAUAGUACCUGCAGUUUCAUGUUUCCACCCAAAACACAAACGCAAGAAGACUGACCGCCGUGGUGGGCCUGAAUUUGUGGCUGAGCCUAUUGAUAUCCGGUCCAUGUCUUUUGUGGGGACUCAUGAGUAUUUGGCACCGGAAAUUGUGUCGGGUGAGGGCCAUGGUAGCCCUGUGGACUGGUGGACACUGGGGAUAAUCAUGUACGAACUGUUAUACGGCGUAACACCAUUCAAGGGCGUGGACCAUGAGCUAACCUUGGCUAACAUUGUGGCUCGAGCCAUUGAGUUCCCCAAAGAACCCGAGGUUCUGGCAGCGGCUAAGGAUCUUAUGUCACAGCUACUGGUGAAGGAUCCUGCAAGGCGACUAGGGUCCACAAUGGGUGCAUCGGCUAUCAAGCACCAUCCAUUCUUCCAAGGGAUCAAAUGGGCACUGCUGAGAUGCACAACCCCACCAUAUGUACCACCACCAUUUCGUAGAGAAGUUGUAUCAGAUAAAAGCUGUCCAGCGACCCCAGUGGAGUAUUAUUAGACUAAGAAAUGAUAAAUAAAUAAAUAAAUAAAUAA